UGGGGUCAGGAGCUGAACUAGCUGGAGUGCGAUCCUGCCAGACCCAGCCGAGUGCAGCCCGCGGCCCUGCUCCUUACUGGCCAGCAUGUCCUUCGUCGCGGUGGCCGAGGAUUCUGACUUCCCCAUCCACAACCUGCCCUACGGCGUCUUUUCCACCCCAGGCAACCCAAGGCCGAGGAUCGGCGUGGCCAUUGGCGACCAGAUCCUGGACCUCAGCGUCAUUAAGCACCUCUUCACCGGGCCUGUCCUCUCCAAACACCAGGAUGUCUUCGAUCAGCCCACUCUCAACAGCUUCAUGGGCCUGGGCCAGGCUGCCUGGAAGGAGGCGAGAGCGUUCUUGCAGAACCUGCUGUCCACCAGCCAUGCCAGGCUCCGAGACGACACGGAGCUUCGGAGACGUGCGUUCACUGCCCAGGCUUCUGCUGUGAUGCACCUGCCGGCCACCAUAGGUGACUACACGGACUUCUACUCCUCCCAGCAGCACGCCACCAACGUGGGGAUCAUGUUCCGCGGCAAGGAGAACGCCUUGAUGCCGAAUUGGCUGCACAUUCCCGUGGGCUACCACGGCCGUGCCUCCUCCGUCGUGGUGUCCGGCACCCCGAUCCGCAGGCCCAUGGGGCAGAUGAGCCCUGAUGACUCUAAGCCUCCUGUCUAUGGCGCCUGCAAGCUGUUGGACAUGGAGCUGGAGAUGGCUUUCUUUGUAGGCCCUGGGAACAACUUUGGAGAGCCGAUCCCCAUUUCCAGGGCCCACGAGCACAUUUUUGGAAUGGUUCUUAUGAACGACUGGAGCGGUGAGGAACUGAGGCACAGAGAGAUUGCAGUUAUUGCUGAGCUGAGAUUUCAAACUAAAGCAGCUCAGUGUCCCAGCGGCUCCCGACCCCUACGCCUCAUGUCUGAGUGCCGCUCGGGACAUUCAGAAGUGGGAGUAUGUUCCUCUUGGGCCGUUCCUUGGCAAGAGUUUUGGAACCACCAUCUCUCCGUGGGUGGUGCCCAUGGAGGCCCUCAUGCCCUUUGCCGUGCCCAACCCAGAGCAGGACCCCAGGCCCCUGCCGUAUCUCCGCCACGACCAGCCCUACUCGUUCGACAUCAGCCUCUCCGUCACCCUGAAAGAAGCGCCCAGGACGUUCGCGGCCUGUCACUGCGCUCUCCACUCUCUGGGCCAGAAAGCACGGAGUCCGGGUCCUCCCUCCUCUGCCGGAAUCCCCUCGUCGGCCCCCCAGCCAGGGUCUGCCCAGCCUCCGCUCGCACACACCAGUGACCCCUCCCUCCUGUGCCCCGUGUUCCAUCCGGGGCCUGUUGGAAAGCCUGGCUCUGCUCCCCCGGGGCCGCACAGUCGGUGCCCCACGCCCCACCCUGGGUCGGCCCUGAGAGCCUCGCAC